AUGCGUUCUUUGGAACCAUGCCUAGCCUCAACCAGCAGUGACCUUCAGAGCAUGAAACAAGGGCAGCAGCAGAAACCAUGCGCCAAGUUUAGUGAUAACCAUCAGUGUGCCCUCAAGAACCCAAUGUCACCACCAGGCUGUGAUGAGAUUUCAGGCAGUAAGGAGCCUGGCAUCCAGAUUGCCGGCUUAACCGCCCCAUUCACCCAGCUCUUCCCGGGCCCACAGACUUCUCACUGGGAGAAGGGGGGGGGAUGGGAAGCGACAGUUCGAAGGGAGAAGUAUAUUUUCCAUAAGAGCCUCUUACCGACCUGGCUCGGAAAUUGGGAAGCGGCGGUUUCGGCAGAAGCCACCGCACCACCCUGCCAAGCAGCAACUUCAGCUAAAAGCAGCGGGCAGGCGCGAGGAGGGGCCCGAGAGGAGGGCAGCGCUUCUGGGAUAUUUAAUGUAAGUCUUGCAACAGGCUUCAAAGAACCCGCAGGCGCUGCCGCCUCCGCCUCCGCCGUCUCCUCCUCCUCGGGAGUUGCGCGCACAGCGGAGGCACCCCCCGGGACGCCCGCAGCCAGCCAGCCAGACUGUCGGCAGGGCGGACGGGUAGACGGGAGCCCCCGCAGGAGGGCGAGCGGCCGAAGGGAGCGCGCUUGGAGACCGGCCCGCACCAUGGAUUCGGAUUCCGGGGAGCUGAGCGAGGGCGAGCCCGUCUCCGCGGCAGGACCUGACUUAUUUAGCUCAAAGAACCUUGCCCUUCAAGCACAGAAGAAAAUUCUGAGCAAACUAGCUAGUAAAACCGUGGCCAAUAUGCUUAUCGAUGAUACCAGCAGUGAGAUCUUUGAUGAGCUCUACAAAGUCACCAAAGAACACACUCACAACAAGAAGGAAGCCCACAAAAUCAUGAAAGACUUAAUUAAAGUGUCUAUCAAAAUCGGAAUCCUCUACCGAAACAAUCAGUUCAACCAAGAGGAGAUGGAAAUCGUGGAGAAACUCAGGAAGAAGCUAAAUCAGACAGCCAUGACCAUUGUGAGCUUCUAUGAGGUAGAGUACACUUUUGAUAAGAACGUGCUUUCCCAGCUCCUGAAUGAGUGUAAAGACCUGGUGCAUGAACUGGUGGGGAGGCACCUGACUCCCAGGACCCAUGGACGCAUCAACCAUGUCUUCAAUCACUUUGCAGAUGUAGAAUUCCUCUCUGCCCUCUAUAGCCUGGAUGGAGAGUGCCGACUCAACCUCAAAAAGAUCUGUGAUGGAGUCAACAAAUUGCUGGAGGAAAAAAUCCUUUGAAUUUUUUCCCCUCCAUUUCCUCUUUCGUGAUUUAAAAUGACAGUCACUGAGUGUCUCUGAUGCAGCAACAGUAACAACAGUGAAACAAAAACCCUAUAACACGUACCAAUUUUCUGUCUCAUUCAUCUAGCAGAUGCUAGCUUCAUCCUGGGUCCAGGUGUACUCCGGGAGCUCCCUGAUGUUGGAUUUUUAAUGUAUGUUUGUUCAUUUGCAAAUGCUUGACAUAAAUGGCAUCUCAGAGACUCAUUAAAGAUAGCUGAUAAUACAUCCCAAGCAGGGGAACUACUCUGUUGAACUGCAACAAAAUCAAGGGAGAUCACCAAUUCAGCUUCUCUGAGUGUGCGAAGGGUCAUAAGUUCAGGAGGUAAAGUGAGAAAGAAUAACAGAAACAAACAACUGCUUUUAAAUGUCUUCUUCUGGGUGUGCAGAUUUUUUAAAAUAAUAAUAAUAACCUAGAAAUUUAAGGAAGGCUCCCAACACAAGAAAAUGUAUUCCCCACCCUGCCCCAACCCCCCAAGCAACAUUAUGAGUUAGCAUAUAGAUCAAAGACUUGCUAUGGGAAUAUGGGAAGUAAAUAUGCUUUCAUUACUUUGCGGGGGGGAUAGAGGGGUCAGGUCAUGAAGAGAGUUUUCCUAUUUCAGAUGUUACAGAACUCCAUGGGGGACAAUUUCCUGAGCAUAUGUCAAUAGUCCCUAACAAGAGGUAAUGUCCCUUCUAUAGCUGCCCCUGAGAGAUACACGCAUCUCAUAUCUGUGUGUAGCUAAUAAGCUAUGGUUCAAGGAAACUCUACCUGACCCAGGUAUACAACCAACAAGGGUUUAUAUUGAUGCACAGGUGAAAAUUGAGCAAGAGGAAUGCCUUUCCUUCAUUCUUGACUUUCCCAAGUUUCAAAGCAUCAUUUUUUGGGGGGGUCCAUUAAACUGAACAGCCCUUUGAACAAAAGAGGAGCUUGUGAUUAUGAUUCAGAAACAAAAACCACCUGCCACGAGAUGCUUCCCUAUAAUAAGAACAGUGGAAAUGACAGGAGAGAAAUCCAGAUGUCAGAACACAUGCCCCACUCUCUAUUCCCUGGAACAAGAAUGAUCAUACUGUCUCAGAUCAUGGUCCAAACCAGCCCUGUAGUCUGUCUCUCGUAGCAGUACCCAUGCAUGGAUGGAUGACUUGUGGGAGGUCAUGGUUGUAACAUCAGCCAAAACAGCAACGGCCCAGAUGCCAACUAGUCAGAUUUGAAUUGUUCCCAUUGUCAAAGUCUAUUAAACACUUCAGUGAAAAACA